AUGGGCCAAAAGGUCACAACUCCCCUGAGUCUUUCCCUAGAUCACUGGAGUGAGGUCCGUGACCAGGGUCAUAUCCUCUCCGUGGAUGUGAAAAAGAAGAAAUGGAGGACCCUUUGUGCGGCUGAAUGUCCGUCAUUCGAUGUCGGAUGGCCACGAGAGGGAACUUUUCAUCUACCCAUUAUUUUACAGGUCAAGGACCGGAUCUAUGACAAGGGUCCCCAAGGCCAUCCGGAUCAGAUCCCUUAUGUAACUGUGUGGGAGAACCUUGCCACUAAUCCCCCUCCCUGGGUGUCUCCAUUUCUCCCAACAGGAAAGGAGAGAGUAAGCGGACCAUCGGGAAAUGUCUCCUCCUUAUAUCCCACUGUAGUUAAAGGCUCCGUUAAGGCGGUCCUUCCUCAGGAUGACACCUUACUAGCUGAUCUGCUGAAUGAGGAACCCCCUCCAUACCAGGUCCCUCCUGCACAGCCUGUCACCCCACAGGCGGCAGCUCAGCCUCCGCCAGGGGCCCCAGAGCGACCUGAGCCAUCUGCCCCAGUGGAGGCUGACACCACCACCAGAUCACCGCCCAGCUCCCCCGUGGCAGGCAGGCUGAGAGGGAGGAGGGAAGCUGUUCCAGGAGAAGUGUCAGUGACCCUUCCAUUGCGCCAGAUGGGAGGCGCCGAGGGUCCCUGGCAGUAUUGGCCUUUUUCUGUGUCUGAUCUUUAUAAUUAAACAGAAAAACCCCCUUUCUCCAAGGAUCCCAUUGCACUGACUGGGUUGAUUGAAUCUAUUCUGUUGACACAUCAGCCCACGUGGGAUGAUUGGCAGCAGCUUUUACAGAUCCUAUUAACCUCUGAGGAGAGGCAACGGGUGUUCAUGGAAGCCCGGAAAAAUGUUCCGGGGGACGAUGGCCGGCCCACUCAGCUACCCAAUGAAAUUGAUGAGGCGUUCCCUCUGAGGCGUCCGGAUUGGGAUUUUCACACCGACCAAGGUAGGGGACACCUGUGUCUUUAUCGCCGGAUUCUCAUAGCGGGCCUCAGAGGUGCCGGGCGACGCCCGACCAAUUUGGCACAGGUAAAGCAGGUGAUUCAAGGGCCAGAGGAGACCCCGACGGGUUUCUUAGAGAGAUUAAAAGAAGCCUAUCGCAUGUACACAUCAUUUAAUCCCGAUAGCGAGGAGCAAGCAGUAAAUGUGGCAAUGGCCUUCAUUUGGCAGUCAGCGCCAGAUAUUCGGAAUAAGUUACAGUGAUUAGAAAAUUUGCAAGGAUAGAUUUUCAAUAAGAGAGAAACAGCUGAAGAAAAAGAAGAGAGACUUAAGAAAGAGGCAGAGUUGCGUGAGGAGAGGUUGCGAAAAGAAGCAGAAGAGAGAGAUAAAAAGCGCGAUAAGGAAUUUAGCCGGCUCUUGGCCACAGUAGUGGAAAACAGGAAUUCAAGCGCAGGGAGAAUGGAUAGGAUCCCGGAGACGGGCAGACCUAGAGACUAUCGAGGCCAGUGUGCCUAUUGCAAGGAGAGGGGGCAUUGGGUCAGAAAUUGCCCCAGACUGAGAGCAAAGGAACAACGGAAAGAAGUGAACCAGCCUUCUCGAGUUCUGGCUUUGGAUGAAGACUAGGAAAGUCGGGGCCAGGAGCCUCCCCCUGAGCCCAGGGUAACCUUGCAAGUAGGGGGGCAGCCGGUAACCUUCUUAGUAGACACAGGGGCUCAACACUCGGUGCUCAAUCAAAGACCUGGGCCUCUAAGUGACCGAACGGCAUGGGUGCAGGGGGCCACUGGGGGAAAACAAUACCGAUGGACCACUGAGAGAAAAGUACAAUUGGCAUCAGGGAGAGUUACUCAUUCGUUUUUACAUGUACCCGAUUGCCCAUACCCACUCUUGGGAAGAGACUUAUUAGGAAAGUUAAAAGCCCAAAUCCAUUUUGAAAAAGGUGGGGCUACAGUUACUGGUCCAGAGGGAGCCCCCUUGCAGGUCCUAACUCUGAGCUUGGGAGAAGAAUAUCGAUUGUAUGAUAAACCUGACUACUCAAUGACCAUGGCUAUCGACUCUCAGAAUAUGUGGCUGACUAAAUAUCCAUUGGCAUGGGCAGAGACUAAAAGAAUGGGGAUGGCCGUGCACCAACCUCCCCUCAUAAUAAAUGUUAAGGCAUCGGCGGUGCCAUUUGCAGUGAGACAAUAUCCAAUGACCCAUGAGGCCCAUGAAGGGAUACGACCUCACAUCUAGAGACUCCUAGAUCAGGGGAUUCUGACUCCCUGCCGUUCCCCUUGGAACACCCCUCUGCUGCCGGUCAAGAAACCUGGUACUAAUGAUUUUAGACCUGUGCAAGAUCUACGGGAGGUUAAUAAGAGGGUCAAAGAUAUGCACCCAACAGUGCCAAAUCCUUAUAAUCUUCUCAGCACCCUGCCACCUACUCAUAUUUGGUAUACAGUGUUGGAUUUGAAAGACGCUUUCUUUUGUUUAAGACUGAGCCCCCAAGGUCAGCCCUUGUUCGCGUUCGAAUGGCAGGACCCGGAAAUGGGUAUCUCAGGACAAUUGACUUGGACUCAUUUGCCUCAAGGCUUCAAGAACAGCCCUACUCUGUUCAACGAGGCGCUACAUCGAGACCUCACAGGCUAUCGGGUAAGAAACCCCCAUCUGAUUCUUCUCCAGUAUGUUGAUGACAUACUUUUAGCUGCCUCGUCAGAAAAGGAAUGCGAGGAGGGCACAGGAACUCUUUUAGAGACAUUGGGGCAUUUGGGAUAUCGGGCCUCAGCCAAGAAGGCCCAGAUUUGCCAACAGGAAGUGACUUACUUAGGUUACAAACUAAAAGAAGGACAACGGUGGCUAACUGAGGCAUGGAAAGAAACUAUUUGCAACAUCCCCGUGCCUCAGAACCGCCGCCAAUUACGAGAAUUCAUUGGCACCGCCGGGUUCUGCCGAUUGUGGAUCCCGGGGUUCACUGAAUUGGAGACCCCUCUUUACCCACUGCUAAAAUCUGAGACUCCCUUCGAAUGGACCCCAGAGCAGCAGGGGGCAUUUGACAGGAUCAAAAAGGAAUUGCUCUCUUCCCCGGCAUUAGGACUCCCUGAUCUAACUAAGCCCUUUGAACUCUUCCUGGAUGAGCGAGGGGGAUAUGCCUAGGGAGUCCUUACUCAACGACUUGGACCUUGGAGGCGCCCUGUUGCCUACUUAUCCAAGAAACUGGACCCAGUGGCUGCUGGGUGGCCCCCGUGUCUCAGGAUGGUGGCCUCAGUGGCAGUGCUUGUUAAGGAUGCCACCAAACUGACCUUGGGGCAGCCCCUGACUGUGUUGACGCCCCACGCUGUUGAAUCCCUCAUUCGACAGCCUCCGGAGAGAUGGGUAUCCAAUGCUAGACUGACUCACUACCAGUCAAUGCUGUUGGAUACUGAUAGAAUUCGGUUUGGGCCAGUCACUACCCUCAACCCUGCCACCCUAUUGCCAACACCCCAUGAGGCCACCAGCGAUCCUCAUGAUUGUCAGCAAGUCCUGGCCGAAGUUCACGGCACCCGACCAGACCUGCUGGACCAGCCUCUGUCGGGAGCAGAUUUCACCUGGUUCACGGAUGGGAGUAGCUUCAUCGCCAAUGGAGAACGGAGGGCCGGAGCAGCGGUGACUACCGAUUCUCAGGUGAUUUGGGCUGGCACCCUACCGCAAGGGACGUCAGCCCAACGAGCGGAGCUAAUUGCCUUGACGAAAGCCCUUCAAUUGGCGGAAGGUAAGAGACUUAAUGUAUACACAGACAGUAGAUACGCCUUUGCUACUGCCCACAUUCAUGGAGAAAUAUACCGGAGGAGAGGGCUGUUAACGUCUGAGGGAAAAACUGUUAAAAAUAGACAAGAAAUUAUUGAACUGCUAAAAGCUUUGUUUCUUCCAAAGGCCUUAAGUAUCAUACACUGUCCAGGACAUCAAAAAGGAGAUAGCCUGGUGGCGAAAGGAAACCGUUUAGCAGACUCUACGGCUCGAGAGGCAGCAACAGGGCUUCAAGUCCUAGUCACCAGAGAUCCCUGCUCUGAGACUCCAGAGGCCCAACCCAAAUGGGAAUAUUCGGAGCAGGACCUGGAUAUAGUCCAGGGACUACAGGCCAGUUUCGACCCAGAGGAAGAGGUCUGGGUUCAUCAAGGUAGACGUGUGAUGCCCCUCGCAGUGGCCAAGCAGUUGAUUGACCAAAUUCACAGACUCACUCAUUUAGGUGUCAAGAAGAUGAAGUCAGUUUUACAAUGAGAAGAGGUAGCCACCUACAUCCCAUGUAAAACGGCACUCUUGCAGAAGACUGUUGAUAACUGUAAUGCCUGCACCCUUGUCAACCCCAGCAGGGAAAAACCGGCAUUGGGAGCUAGACUAAGAGGGUGUAGACCAGGAGAACAUUGGGAAAUAGACUUUACUGAAAUUAAGCCAGGGAUGUAUGGUUACAAAUACCUUCUAGUCUUUGUAGACACCUUCUCAGGAUGGGCAGAAGCCUUUCCCACCAAGAACGAGACGGCCAAUGUGGUGGUUAAGAAACUACUAGAAGAAAUCUUUCCACGAUAUGGAAUGCCACAGGUAAUAGGGACGGACAACGGGCCUGCCUUCGUCUCCCAGGUAAGUCAGUGAGUGGCCAAGACACUGGGGAUCAAUUGGAAACUUCAUUGUGCAUAUCGACCCCAGAGCUCAGGACAGGUAGAAAGAAUGAAUAGAACAAUCAAGGAGGCUCUGACCAAAUUAAUGCUUGAAACCGGCAUUAAAGACUGGGUACAGUCCCUGCCAUUGGCACUCUACCAGGCCAGGAACACCCCUGGCCCGCUUGGCCUAACCCCAUUUGAGAUUUUAUAUGGUGCACCCACUCCCCUUAUAAAUUUUUGUAAUGAUUUCAUUUCUAAUCAAACUCAGGCGACGCCACUCCAGGCACAUCUGAGGGCACUACAACUGGUGCACCAGGACAUCUGGGGGCCCCUGGCCGCUGCCUAUCAGGACGCCCAGACAUCCCCUACGGUGCCACACCCCUAUAAGAUUGGAGACACUGUCUGGGUUCGCCGACAUCAGUCCGGGACGCUGGAACCGCGUUGGAAAGGACCCUACACUGUCCUUCUCACCACUCACACCGCUUUGAAGGUAGACGGGAUUGCGUCGUGGAUCGACGCUUCUCACAUCAAGGCAACCAGACCCGAAUCCCCAAACGCCAACACUCCACCUUCGCAAUGGAAAGUCCAGCGCACUCAAAACCCUUUAAAGAUAAGACUAUCGCGUGCCUAA